UGGUUAGCUAUUAACACUGUUCUUGUACGCUGUUAAAACGCAAAGAGAAUUUAAAACUGCAAUUUUCAGUUUUCCAAACAAUAAAAAACAAAAUAAUUUCGACUAGAAUAAGAUUUUGAAAAGCAGACAAUGCCAAAUGCCCGCCUACUGUGCGGUGGUCAAUUGCAGUGAUAAAUAUGUACAUGCGGGCAGCAUAUCCUUCCACAGAUUUCCAUUUAAGCGCAAGGAUCUGCUGCAGAAAUGGCGGGACUUUACACAGCGCAACGGCCAGUGGAUGCCCUCCAAGUGGAGCGCCGUCUGCAGUCGCCACUUCGUGGACGCCGACUUCAAUUGCAGCAACAAUCGCAAAACCCUGAAAAAGAAUGCGGUGCCCACGGUCCGUGUGCCGGAGGAGAGGCUGAAUGUGAUUGUGGAACAGGUAACGCUGCCUGCGACGGACAGCGUGCCGGCGACUAGCUGCAGCGGCACGAAGAGCACCUGUCGCUUCUGUGGCAUCGCCGCCUUGAAUUGUGUGUCCUUUGAGAAGAGUUUCGAGCUGUUUGGCAUGAUACAGAAAUGCUUUCCCACGCUGCAGAUACUCCAGGACGACACGCUGCCGCUGCCCAAGGAUAUAUGCGGCGAGUGUUGCCGUCAACUGGAGCGCUUCUCGAAAUUCUGUGAUGUUGUUAUUGUGGCGCAGGGCGAAUUGCAGCGCAAAUAUCGUCGCCAGCUGAAGAUCAAACAGGAGCCGGUGGUGCGCGUCAAGCAGGAGGCAUGCGAAAGUCUCGAUAAUCUGUUUCCCGACGAGCUGGACAUGGGCUUGGACGAGGGCUGCUGCGAUCACGAGCCGGAGGCCAACGAUGAAACGGAGCAAAAGUUUCAGUUCUGCAAUUUUCCCAUGCUGAACGCGCAGGACAUCAUCAACAAUUGUGAUAUCAUGGAGAUUAUCAAUCUCGACGAUCCGUUUAUAAAUAUAACCGACGAUGCGGAUGUGGCCCAGGCACAGCCCGUUACUGUGCCCACGGCGCUGCCCACGCCGCACGAACUGCUGCAGUCGGAGCUGCUCACCGAGGAGCACAACUAUGCCAAGGAGGAUUGGCAGCUGCCGCCGCUGCAGCAAUAUAAAACGGAGAAAGUUGAAGGCGCCGACAUGCAGGAGCCCAGCGCAACGGAGCCGCGCAGCACCAAGCCAAUCGUGACCAAUGUCAGCCAGAUACCCAAUCCCAUGAUAUGCGAACUGAUGCCCGCGCCCGCUCCGACCACAACCAAGCCCAAUAUUGUGGUGCUCAACGACAGCGUGGUGCAGUCGUCCGCCUUUCGACUGCACAACUGCAGCCUGUGCACGACCAAGUUCUUUACCGCCGAGAGCCUCCAGCAGCAUUAUGCCCAUGCGCAUGCCACGCCUACGCCCACGCCCACACCAGCACCUGCGCCCAUGGUUAGCGUGCCGCCGCCGAAUCUGAGUCAGCCCACAACAAACAACACUCUUAAGCUGGAGGGCAGCACGCUGCCGCCGUUGCCCGCCUCGGUGGACUACUGGCAGGCGGACUGGCUGCCGGCGCAGAUGCCCGCCAAGAAGAAGAUCGACAUUCUGGACAUGCAGCGCAGCUUUCUGCAUUACAACGAUCUCAUUGCCCAGCCGGCGAUCAGUGAGCCGCAAUCGCCGAAUUCCGCCUACGCCAAGCUGGCCGCGCGCUAUCGCCGGCUGCAGCACAAAUGCCGCCGGCUGCGGACGAACCUGAAGCCGACUGCGAGUCGGGCCAAUCCGCGGCUGCGCUGCGGCCGCUGUGCACGGGGUUUUGCCAGCGUGCAGCAGCUGCUCGGGCAUCGGCGACGCAGGCGGCAUUUUGUGGUGCCGCCGCCGCGCACAUUUGCCGUGAAGUGCUUCGGCUGCCUGCGGCUGUUCUGCACACGGCUCGGGCUGCGGCAGCAUAUGCGCUACAUCUGCCAGUCGCUGCCGCUGCGCAAUGCACGGCUGCAGAGCUACAAGUGCCGCCAUUGCCAGAGCAUCAGCUUCACCCACUGGCGCAUCUACAGGCGGCACGAGCUCAAGUGUCGCCUGCGGCCGCCGCCGCCGAGGACGCGCCCGGCCAAGCGACGCCGCACGCCCAACGCCGGCCAGGCACACGGCACAAAGCGUGCCGCCCACGGCUGCAGCGUCUGCCAGAAGACCUUCAGCUCGCUGACCGGGCUCAAGCAGCAUCGCAUCACGCACAGCUCGGAGCGCAGGUACAAGUGCAGCAUCUGCGAGCGCGUCUUUAAGCGGCGCAACGGGCUCUCCCAGCACAUCAAGGGCUACCAUCUACAGCUCAAGCCGCAUCAGUGUCCCGUCUGCCAGCAUCGAUAUGCCCUCAAGUGCGACAUGCUGCGCUGCCGCCAUUCGCAGCGACGCGGCGCCAAGGUUACGGAAACUGAGCCACCAAAAACAUAACGAAUUGCGCAUACUCUCACGAUAUUUCUGUAGUAAGUGUAUGAUAUUAUUUUAUACAUAUUUUUAGACCCUUGCAGAGGGUAUUAUUAUUUUCUCGUGAGAUGUGUAACGCAUAGAAGGAGACAUCUACGAUAUAGUAUAUAUAUUCUUGAUCGAUAUCAACAGCCGAGUCGAUAUAGCCAUGUCCGUCUGUCCCUCUGUCUGUCUGUUUGUCUCUAUGCGAAUGAGUCUCUCAGUUUAAGAGCUAUCGUCAUGAAACUUCCCAAAAGUGCCUCUUUCUGUUGCACGCAGUACAUACGUCGGAACCAGCUGGAUCGGACCACUAUAUCAUAUAGCUGCCAUAGGAACGAUUGGUCGAAAAGUAGGUUCUUGUAUAAAAAACUUUUUUGUUUUUCAAGAUAUUUUGACCAAACUCGGCGUUCAAUAGUUUUACUAA